AUGGCUGAACAGGACGACGUUGCGACCAAGGUCCUGCGAAGGGCCCAGGUCUCAAAGAUGACCCGCACUCUGCAGAACCGUCUCGCUCUGGCCAACGUCAAGAUGAAGAAUGGCUGGGAAAGCCUCAGCCUCGACGCCAUUGAGCCUGUCCUCGACGGUGUCGAGCGUAAGCGCAAGCGGCCUGGCUCCAGCAAUGAAGCCAUGUCGGAUGUCUCCAGCGUCUCGGAGCGCUUCUAUCAACCCAGCGUCCUCGACUCCUCGCCCCUCCAAGCUCCCAUCUUUUCAGACCACAUUCGCCGUUCCGAGAGCCGGUCCGCAGGCAGCUACACCCAGACCAAGCGGCCCCGUUGCCAACGUCCCAGCACCAACAAAUACCCGGCAUCGAGCAACCACGCCCGAGUCAAAGUGCGCACCUCGACAAGCGCCGCUACGUCAUGGAAAAAUAGCUUCCAGCUGCCCGAAUCCUCGCCCGUUUAUCACCGUAGACAUGCACGUUUUGGCCGUCAGCAUGUGCCAAGCCUAUCCUUUGUUUCGGAAACAUCGACCGUCGCCGACUCUCAUUCCCCCUUGCUAUCCGAAGACGAUGACGAAGACCUGCCCAUCAUGUCCUUCUCCCUAAACCGUUCCCAUUUUCAGUCAUCGCCGCCGAGAGCCCCGCGUACACCGCCCCCUGAUGUUGCUCGCUCAGCACGCCUCCGACAACGUGGAUUCAAUGCUGCCGGUGCAGCUCGUGAAGGAAGACAGGGUGGCGAUGACGCAAAUUUGCUCAUGUAUCUAGCUACGUCGCCAACACCGGUUCGCCCAGGUCACCAGAAGCCGCAGAUGCUCGCACCGUCCACUCCGCCGUCGAAAUCUACUCCUCUCCCUUCGUCCAUGAUGUCCACCCCUGGCGGUGGUGGGUCCCAUUACACAGGCUUUGGACUGGCGACACCCUCGACAAACUUGAACUUUGCCGAGUUCCUAAACAUGUCGCCGAGCCCUGCGCAGGCCAACGCAUCGUGGAACCGCACACCUGUCGCAACCCGAACACCCGCGGCCGUCCGAGAAGCACGACGUCAUAUCAACUUCGACAACAUCGUCCCUCCCACCGGUGACGCCUCACAUAUGCGUGGUCAUAUUGGGAAGAUGGACGGCCUCAGCAUGGAACUCGGUGGUGAACUUAUAUCGUGA